AUGCAGCGAAUGGAUUCAGAAGCCUCCAGAAAGAGGAAGUACUCCAAAAAGUUGAGGAAUGUUCUCACAAAGUUUGUAGGACAGUUCAGACGCAAAUCGUCAGAUGUCUCCGCAACUGCUCUGGCGACACCGAGCGGGGGAUCACAGCCUCGCGUACGACCCGAUAUUCCUUCUGAAAACAUCCCACCAGCCGCCGAUUCACACCCUGGAGACAACCCAGAAGCCCUAGCGAUUACGACUGGAAGACCUGCAGAGCCUGCGAUCUUGCAACCUGGCGAGAGACACGAGUCUACUGUUGCAUCAGCUCGUGAAAAAGAUGCUAAUAAGAGCGUAUUUGAGGGUUCUGAGAGUAUCCCGUGUUUCAAUGAGGCCGUAAAAAGUUUCAAGUCAAUGUAUGAGGAUCGGUACAAGGCUAUAUUCGAUGAGGAGAGCUCGAUCCUCGACAGAACAAACCUCAAAUCCGGCUCCGAUCUUGCCGAUCAGCGAUCUCAAUACCCCAUGGGGGGGAUUGAGUCACUUAUUCAACGCUUCAAAACGUAUCUUCCAACUUUGGGAAGCGUACAAACGCUCGCCAUGGCAUUGAGUAGAUUGGAUCCCCACGGUAUUGCCCCUCUCGUUGCCGCCAGUGUGUUCUUUGUUAUCCAGGCAAGUUUCUACAAGUUCCCUUACUAG